ACCAAUUAUACUACGCAGAGUGUCUUAGUUUGGUCAGUGAAUAGACAUAACCCCGAAUCUCAUUCCCUAAACACCUCAUCUCCGUUUAUAUUUCAAUAUUCUACUUCACUUCACAACAAAUCUCAUCACAAUUCACACCAAACAGAUCAAUCAUGGAAGGAAUAGAACACAGAACCGUCGAAGUAAACGGCAUCAAAAUGCAUAUCGCCGAGAAAGGCAAAGAAGGACCAGUUGUCUUGUUCCUUCACGGCUUCCCUGAACUCUGGUACUCAUGGCGCCACCAGAUUGCCGCUCUCGGCUCCCUCGGCUACCGUGCCGUGGCUCCAGAUCUCCGCGGCUACGGCGACACCGACGCUCCAACCUCAGCAAGCAGCUACUCGUGUUUUCAUAUAGUAGGUGACAUCGUUGCUCUCAUCGAUUUACUCGGUGUUGAUCAAGUGUUCCUCGUGGCUCAUGAUUGGGGUGCUUCCAUUGGUUGGUAUCUAUGCAUGUUUCGCCCUGAAAGAAUCAAAGCCUAUGUGUGUCUCAGUGUUCCCUUCCUUCGUAGAAACCCUAAAUUCAGGACCCUAGAUGCCUUGCGUGCUGCUUAUGGUGAAGAUUAUUAUAUCUGCAGAUUUCAGGAACCGGGCAAAAUGGAAGCUGAGAUAGCUGAGGCCGGCACUGCAUAUGUGCUGAAGAAUAUCUUCACAACUCGCCAAACUGGUCCUCCGAUACUUCCAAAGGGAAAGUAUGGAAUUGGAUUCAACCCGGAUGCACCUGAAACUCUGCCAUCUUGGCUCACAGAGGAUGAUCUUGCUUAUUAUGUCUCCAAAUUUGAGAAAACUGGCUUCACUGGAGGAUUGAACUACUAUAGAAACCUCAACUUAAAUUGGGAGCUCACAGCACCAUGGAGUGGAGUCAAAAUCAAGGUGCCUGUGAAAUACAUUACAGGGGAGUUAGACAUGGUAUACACCUCGCCGCGCACGAAGGAGUAUAUUCACAGUGGAGGAUUCAAGGAAGAUGUGCCCAAUUUGGAGGAAGUGAUUGUGCAAAAAGGUGUGGCUCACUUCAACAAUGAAGAAGCAUCAAAGGAAAUCAGUAAUCACAUUUAUGAAUUCAUCAAGAAGUUCUGAGCUUAUCUGUGAAUGAAAUAAGGAGACACACAUAUUCUGGACUGGAACACCUUGGUAUGUUUUGGACCUAGAAAGUAUAAGCAUCAAUAAUAUUCUAGAUUAUGUUUUGUUGUAUGAUCUCAGAUUAACAUCAGAAUUCAGAACAUAUUGAGCUUUUUUAUUGGAUUACAGAGUCUGAACUUUCUUGCUUUUGUACAA